AUGGUUAUGUCGCAUGGUACGUUGCGUGUUGUAGCUGCACAGGCGCACGGCGUGACGAUAGACAACGUGAACUGCGGCGUGGACAACGACAACGACGUCCACGAGGGUGAUGUGGACAUCGAGCGGUAUCCUUGGCUUGGUGUACUGUAUUACUCAUAUGAGGGUGAAGAUGGCGAGGCGCGAGCGGUGACGACGGUGUCGCUCAUACACGCCGAGUUCGUCAUCGCGCCAGCAGCAGACCUCGGACCCAUGCCGAAGGAUGAUUUCAGGAGUCGCACGCGCGUACUUCUCGGCGAGGAUUGGGGCGGGGAGGGGCGGCGCGUACGCAACUACGUGCUGCACCCCGAGUACGACGAGACGUACAACACCGUCGCUCUGGUGCAGCUCGCCACUACAGUGCGGGAUAUUAAAAUCAAGCCGCUAUGCCCCCCGCCAGAACGUCUGCGGAAUCCAGACUUCUAUAUUGUCAAGUUUGCAGAAGACUACAACACCCUGCAGAAACAAGUAAUUCCCGUUACCCACGUGCCAGCUAGUCUCUGCAAGGAGUUCUAUGUUAGAGCCAAUCUGUACGCACGGCGCAUGCGGCCGCCGCACGUGGCGUGCGCGGUGACGCUGGAGGCGCGCGUGUGCGUGUGGGACGCCGGCGCCGCGCUCGUCGCCCGCGAUGUCUGGGGGCGCUGGCAGCUGCUGGGUCUAGGAGUACGCGGGCCGGGGUGCGGCGCGCCGUCCCGCUACCUGGACAUGAUGAGCUACUACCCCUGGAUCAUCGCCAGCCUCGACAACUUCCGUCGCAUCACCAUCUCCAAGAUCUCGCAGCAGAAGUAUGUGCUCAGAACUGGGCAGGUGUACCAGCGGUUCGGGAACUGCGACGAGGAGGAGAAGACGAACCUGUUGUACCGCGACCGCAUCUACCUCACCACCGACAACAACCUCUACCAGUUCCUCACCUACAACAUGACGAUAAAGGAGAACGUGGAGUUCACGUGCCUGACGCUGCAGCUGGUGAACGCGUCGGGGGUGUCGGAGAUGCGCGUGCACCACUACUGCCGGCGCGAGAGCCGCGGCCCGCCUUGCUACUACUACCACGGCACUGUGUUCGAGAUAUCGGUAUAUCUGGUGUUCUCCGAUUCGUGUCUGUUCGAGAUGGUGGGGUGGGGGUUCAAGAAGAGUCUCAAGCUGCUCGACAUACAGGAGUGGAAGUGGGAGGAGGGAACUUACUACGAAGAUUUCAGCAUGACGCCAGAGGAGUACCGGGGCCCGUCGUACCAAACGGAGUUCGGGUUCGAGCCGCUGGACAUCGGCAUGUGGGUGCCCGAUUUCGACGUGUGGGCCACCACCCCCGCACCGGGGGCCAGCUCCACCGUCGUCCGCGUGGCUACAGCGGGAACCCCUCCUCCCGCGGUGGACUGGGCCUACCUGCCCGCGUACACGGAGGUAUGGACGACGCCGCCCACGUUGGAGCCCGCCUGGCUGGACUACAUGGCCGGCGUCACCAACUUCGCCCGACCUACAACACCGCCUACCACGGAAGCCGCCAAUGUUACUACGACUACCAACAGUCCUUAGGUGUACACUUUAUGUUAUGGUCUAUAAUGCGCGCAUCUGUCGCUAAACACGACGAGGAAGGAAAGAGAGGCGG